AUGCACCGCCUUGAGAUCACGAGCCAGAGCCCCAACAAGAGCCGCGCGACCUGCCACACCUUCACGCAGUUCCACAUCGACGUCGACGACGCGUGUGGCACACCCUAUACGAUCUGCAAGCGCUUCCGCGAAUUCGUGACGCUGCACCGUCAGUUGCGGCUGGCGGGCUUUCACGUCCCGAGCCUCCCCGUGGCCGGACCGUUCAUGAGUCUCUGGCUCCUCUGGGACUCUGCGCGUGCGCUUGCCUACCGCCAAUUCUUUCUCCAAGUCUUCCUCCAAGUCCUCAACGACAGCGCCGAGAUCCAAGCGCACCCCGCCUUCACAAGCUUCGUUGGUACCCGCCCCGAGACAAAGCCAGGGUACACAUCGCUCGCCCUCUUCCGCCAGUCGUUUGAACGGAGCCCCGUGCGGCGUCCCACCCGCGGCGUCCCUGCGUGCAGCAUCUAA